GAAGUGAAGCCAUGCCAUACAAUCGAAGGCGUACAUAUAUGAGUACCGUUCAUUUUAGCAUAAAAAUCUAAACGCUAGACUACUGCACUAAAACAUUGAACAUGUGUUUAGAGUGGGUAUAGGCAACGGCUCUAACCUAUCUGCCUAGUUCCCGAUAUAUUACAGUAGGCUAUGUUUUGAUAGCGUAAAUUAGUAUUCAAUUUAAUUUCAAAUACAGUCCUGCUUCAAUGGAUGAAUUUUACAGAAAACGAAAUGGUUUUACUGCAUAAUUGUCAGGUGUGGGGGUUCGAUAGGCUAACCGGAAUGAUCAUCAAAACCAAAACAACCUUUAUUUUAUCAUCGGAUAAGCCAAAGGUGUACCAGGGUGUGCGGGUGAAGACAACCGUUAAACAGUUGCUGCAACAGAAAAGAGCUCUCCAGACAUCAACUAAAACGGUUAGAAUGAAAUCCCAGAGCUUGGUGAGUCAGGAUGUGUGCGUCUCCUCCUCAUUGUCAGGCCAUUACUUUGAUUAUUUCCCUGAAGAGAUGAAUUCCAACUGCAUCUUUCAGCCGCGGGCCAUUCCAGAGAGCAACGUCCAGAUGGACAACUUCGAUAAUCAACAAUUGAUAAGCAUGAUGAUCCCCAACGAGACCUACAGCAGUGGUAUUCUGCAUCCCACUACCUCAACAAAACUUUGGCACCAGGAAAAUCACUCCCCGAAUAUGGGCUAUUACGGCCAUGGCAUGGCUCCCAGCUCACCGUCAGGUUCCCUGAAUAUGCCAAGUCCGGUCGAUUACAAUAGUUAUUCGCCACAGGAGUCUUACUCUUCGUCGUGUUACAACUCUCCGACGAGGCUGGACUUGAGUUAUAGGUUUGUUCCAGACCACUACCACUACCAGAACUGCAACCUCCAGGAGAGCGUCUCCACUCCAGAAUACGCACCGUAUGGCAUAUCAGACUAUGUAUACGCCUCGCCUGCGGAGGACAGCUACUUCAGGCGUGAUUUGUCAAAUUCAGAGCUGUGCUACCUUUGAAAAUGUAUUCGGUCUUUGUUGUCUGUGUAAAUACAGUAUAAUGUGCAGUCAAAACAAUGUCUGUAACUCGAAGUCAAACGUUGACACUUGUGGCAUUUGUUUUGAGAUGUAGGCCUGCUUUGCAUUUCAGUGUUUGCGGUCGAAGUUUCCUCCGAGUUUCUGUUUUUGAUAUGACUGGAAUAAUGGUUUUAGAAUUCCCGAGUUUGGAUAAAUGUUGGAUACGUGUGGCCUUAGUGCCAUCUUCUUAGUUAUUGACUUUGAUAUUUAAGCAAUAAGGCACGGGGGGGGGGGGGGGGUUAUGGUCAACAUAUCACGGCCGAGGGCUGUUCUAACCUCGAUGCAAUGAUGUCAUCCUGCUUUUUUACAAGACAGUAUAUUUUUUCAGCAUAUUUUUUCUUAUGGAUGCAUUCAUUUUGUAAAUUAUUUGAAAAGCCUACCCAAAGGAAAUUAGCAGCAUCAUCCCCUUCAACUCACUAUUUAGUUUCCCUGUGCAGAUGCACACCGAAGCUUAGUUAGAAACAUUAACUUUAUUAGACCAAUCAUUU